AUGGCAAAGAUCGUUCCAGGUUGUCUUGAUCAUGCCAUGGCCACAUUCAAUCAGAUGCUAUCAGAGGGGAUCGAGCCAGAUACUACUACUAGGAAUACGCUAAUAGAUUGCCACUGUAAAGCUGGGUGGCAUGACAGAGCGGAGCAAUUGUUUGAGGAAAUGAAAGAAAAAGGGGUAUUCACCGCGUUUGAGAAUACAUUGAGGGUUAUAGGAGGAGAUGGCUUGAAACCUAAUCUCUUGGCUCUCAAUUCAUUAAUAAAUGCUUUUAGAGAUGAUAGAAGAGAUGCCGAGGCAUUUACUGUGUUGCAAUAUUUGAAGGCAAAUUGUGUGAAACCGGAUGUAGUCACGUAUACCAUGCUUAUGAAAGCUCUUAUCCGUGUUGACAAGUUCCAUAAGGUCCCGUCUGUCUUUGAAGAGAUGAUUUUGUCUGGUUGCACUCCUGAUAGGAAAGCUAGGGCAAUGUUGCUGUCUGCUUUGAGAUACAUGAAGCAAGCGGUGAAGUCCUAGUUGACAAUCCAUAAUCCAUAUGACUAAAGCAAUUAAUGAC